GGUUGGCCGCCCACCAUAAUCUCACUGUCCAUUUACCGAGGUUUGGUUCACCAUAUUGGAUAAAAUGUUCAUCAUUACGUUGCUCUGUGUUUAACAGCCUGUCAUGCCGGUGACAAGUAAUCGCCUCUGUCGCGGUGCCUUCCUGCUCCAUCGAUGACAACAGGACUCCGCGACACGUUCUGGACGGAAAGGAGGGAUUACUGUUUUGGUUUGGAAACACUGAGACCCAGGAGCUAGCACUGAGCUGUCACAUUCACUACCGCGGUGGUCUUUUCCACUUAUAAGACUCUCCAUGCAAGCGUUUUGAAGGAUUGAACUUUUUCUUCACACCACUCAGUGGCUCUGGGUGAACUUUGAGGACAGCCUGUGUGUUACAACAGGCAAAGACUGUCGAUGGGGGAAGAAAAUUGUCUCCUGCUAUUUUGAGGCAUGCUCGAUGCUCGUUCGCUGUCAAAAUGAGGAGGAUUUCUGAGAAGGCGGCCACCUCUGUAGUUGAGUGUAAUAUGUGAGUUAGGUGGGUCACCAAGGCCUGGGCCUGCCUGCUCUAGUGGGCCCUGGGUGAGGCCCACUACAUCUCCUCUGUACCGGAUCAGCAGCCGAUAAUUAGGGCUCGGAGAUUACCACUGUUUACAGAGUACCUAUUUGGCCUGCACGCUUCCGAGGAAAGGGAGGCUUUCGAUUGGAAUAAUUGAUGCAAUUUCCAAGCAGCCUGGAGCCCAGGUGGCGAGAACGGCAACACUGCUGGACCAGAGCGUCUGGCAAACUUGGACACUUCGAAAAAGAUGAGAGCUCAGUUUCCAAUGUGACAAGCGUAAGACCGCACUAUAAGGAAGAAGCAGACUUUCAGCAGAAGGGAGGGGGUUCCAGCACCAUCAUGAGGGACAUUUAGGGCCUCCGUUUUAUUUAUUGAGGGGUGGGCGGGUUGUUUUCAUUUCAUUUCUUUAGGUUUGUCAUUGUUGGUAGUAGGUAUUUGUGCUUAGAAUACUUGGGUAGUCAUUUUCACAUGCCUGUUAUUCCCUCCCUGCUAUCCAAGUGGUGUGGAUUUGGAUCAGCUCCUUGUUGAACCAGAAUGGAAGGAUUCCCUGUAGUAAAAUGCAACCAAUGAAUCUAAACCCCCAGUACUGCUAUGUUUAUGUUCCCUAGAAGUUUCAUUGAUUGUAAUAUAGGAGCCUGGUAGCCACUAUCAUCAUUUUGACUUAGCAGUGUCUCUAUUAGUGAAUGACUCUUCUUGGCACAACAGCUUCAAAUGUUACAAAAAUGAUGGCUGCAUACAAUGGUGGCUCCUCAGCUGUGGCUGCCCAUCACCCUCAUCACCACCAUCAGCUGCAGCAUCUCCCGCCUCCACACAUGCAUCACCACCACCACAUGGGCCAGCAUCACUUACAGCACCCGGGCUCGGCCGCUGCCGUUCACACCAUCCAGCAGCACACCUCCACUGCCGCCGCCGCCGCCGCUGUGAUGCUACACCCCGGUCAGCAGCAACCUUACUUCCCAUCUCCGGCUCCCGGACAGGCCCCCGGGCCUGCGGCAGCCGUUGCUCCUGCCCAAGUUCAAGCUGCCGCUGUCAAAGCUCACCAUCACCACCAUCAUCAUCAGCAGCACACACACCACCUACAACAGCAGCUUGAUAUCGAGCCUGACAGGCCUAUCGGCUAUGGUGCGUUUGGGGUUGUCUGGUCAGUCACAGAUCCCAGAGAUGGAAAGCGAGUUGCCCUCAAAAAGAUGCCCAAUGUCUUCCAAAACCUUGUUUCUUGCAAGAGGGUAUUUCGGGAACUGAAGAUGCUAUGUUUCUUUAAACAUGAAAAUGUGCUCUCUGCUCUUGACAUCCUGCAACCUCCACACAUUGACUACUUUGAAGAAAUAUAUGUAGUGACAGAACUGAUGCAAAGUGACCUCCAUAAGAUCAUCGUGUCCCCGCAGCCUCUGAGCUCAGACCACGCCAAAGUUUUUCUCUAUCAGAUUCUUCGAGGAUUAAAGUACCUUCAUUCUGCUGGCAUUCUUCACCGAGACAUUAAACCUGGCAACCUCUUGGUCAACAGCAACUGUGUACUGAAGAUCUGUGAUUUUGGUCUGGCACGAGUGGAGGAGACAGAUGAGUCGCGGCACAUGACUCAGGAAGUGGUGACACAAUACUACCGGGCCCCAGAGAUCUUGAUGGGGAGCCGUCACUACUCCAACUCCAUCGACAUUUGGUCUGUAGGCUGUAUCUUUGCUGAGCUGCUGGGGCGAAGAAUUCUCUUCCAAGCCCAAAGUCCCAUCCAACAGCUGGAUUUGAUCACUGACUUGUUGGGGGCUCCUUCUAUGGAGGCGAUGAGGACAGCAUGUGAAGGAGCUCGUGCACACAUUCUCAGAGGACCUAACAAACAGCCAUCCCUUCCUGUUCUUUACACACUGUCCAGUCAAGCGACUCAUGAAGCUGUCCACCUCCUCUGCAGGAUGCUGGUAUUCGAUCCGUCGAAGCGGAUUUCAGCAAAGGAUGCCCUGGCGCACCCUUACCUGGAUGAGGGCAGACUGCGCUACCACACAUGCAUGUGCAAAUGCUGCUACACAACAUCCUCUGGCCGCGUCUACACAAGUGACUUUGAGCCUGUCACCAACCCCAAGUUUGAUGAUGGCUUUGAGAAGAAUCUAAGCUCUGUGAGACAAGUCAAAGAGAUCAUCCAUCAGUUCAUUUUGGAACAGCAAAAGGGGAGUCGGGUACCACUCUGCAUCAACCCACAGUCGGCUGCUUUCAAGAGCUUUAUCAGUUCCACAGUGGCUCAGCCCUCUGAAAUGCCUCCUUCUCCACUGGUGUGGGAAUAGUUGCUGUAGUGAGUGUGGUCAUCUUUUCCAACUGUGAAGAUGCUAAAAUGGAAUCAUGAAAGCAUCUCAAUGUCUUCUGUCAUCCGGGGUAGCAUUUCACUGGAUAGCAGGGCUCCAAGUUCUGCUGGUCAUAUGUAUCCACUAACUACUGCUAUAUGCGGGUGUAUUAGAAGGUUGCAAAUUUAUGAAAAAUGCUCUGUAGACCAAAUCAGAAUGUGGUAAAUAUGUCAUGUACAGUAUCAUCGACUAAGAUAACAUUUUACAUCAUACUGCUACAUAAUGAAGUACAUUUGUUUGUAUGUAUAUAUUUAAAAACUGAUUUGUAUUUUAAAAAUGUGCUUUUCAUAAGCUGUGAUUGUGAGUUUCCCCCCUGUGACAAGGUUUAUAGUACUACAGCUGUCUUUUCGUCUGCACUGUUAAGUUACCAAAUUGGCAUGAAAACCAAUUCAACCUAAUAUUCAGACAAUCAAUUGUUUAUCAUCAGAUUUUAGGAACUUUUAAGUUCCCGUUUUUAUGGAACAAUGUUCCUGGGCCCAUUGAUACAUUAACUGAUACUUGUAAUAGGAGUUUCUUACAUCCUGUACUCCAGAAUUUUUUAACUUCUAGUAACUAUUAAUUACCAAAGAUGAGGAGACACACACACACACGCACAAGCAAAAACAUUGAUUGUGUGCAAAAUGGUUGUGUUGUUGGAUAUCAGGCCAAUUUUAAAGGAAGUAAAGUAUUUUUGAAAUGAACAUUUUUGACAAAGAAACAUAUUUUAAGGGUACAUCCUUCCACUGUCUACCCAUGAAUCACACUUUGUAUCAGUUUUAAGAGCAAAUUUUAAUGAAGGAAAUAUAAAUUUAGCCAUUUCAAAAGUGUUCUAGCUACAGGAAAGUAAUUGAUUUUAAAAUGUAUGAAGUUUUACACUUAAAAUGUAUGCAUUUUGUUAUGCCUGCAUUUUAAGAGGCGAUAUACAGUGGAAAAUAUAAACAAAUAUUCAGAUCCCCUUAAAAUUUUCACUCGUUAUAUUGCAGCCAUUUGCUAAAAUCUUUUAAUUUUCUACCUCAUUAAUGUACACACAGCACCCCAUAUUGACACAAAAAAACAGAAUUGUUGAUUUUUUUCUUUCUUUUUCAGAUUUAUUAAAAAAGAACAAUUUUAAUAUCACACAGACGUAAGUAUUCAGACCCUUUACUGUGACACUCAUAUUUAACUCGGGUGCUGUCCGUUUCUUCUGAUCAUCCUUGAGAUGGUUCCACACCUUCAUUUGAUUAUACUGACUGGACUUGAUUAGGAAAGCCACACACCUGUCUAUAUAAGACCUUACAGCUCACAGUGCAUGUCACAGCAAAUGAAAAUCAUGCGAUCAAAGGAACUGCCUGAAGAGCUCAGAGACAGAAUUGUGGCAAGGCACAGGUUCCUAAGAGCACAGUGGCCUCCAUAAUCCUUAAAUGGAAGACGUUUGGGACGACCAGAACCCUUCCUAGAGCUGGCCGUCCGGCGGAGCUCCAGAGAUGCAGUCAGGAGAUGGGAGAAAUUUCUAGAAAGUCAACCAUCACUGCAGCCCUCCACCAGUCGGGGCUUUAUGGCAGAGUGGCCCGACGGAAGCCUCUCCUCAGUGCAAGACACAUGAAAGCCCACAUGGAGUUUGCUAAAAACACCUGAAGGACUUCAAAGAUUGUGAGAAAUAAGAUUCUCUGGUCCGAUGAGAGCAAGAUGGAACUUCCAUCCAUUUUCUGAGCCGCUUCUCCUCACUAGGGUCGCGGGCGUGCUGGAGCCUAUCCCAGCUAUCAUUGGGCAGGAGCGGGGUACACCCUGAACUGCUUUCCAGCCUAUCGUAGCAAGAUAGAACUUUUUGGCCUUAAUUCAAGCGCUAUGUGUAGACAAAACCUGGCACUGCUCAUCACCUUUCCAAUACAGUCCCAACAGUGAAGCAUGGUGUCGGCAGCAUCAUGCUGUGGGGGUGUUUUUCAGCUGCAGGGACAGGAUGAUUGGUUGGAAUCGAAGGAAAGAUGAAUGCGGCCAAUUCCAGGGAUAUCCUGGACGAAAACCUUUUUCACAGCGCUCAGGACCUCAGACUGGGCCGAAGGUUCACCUUCCAACAAGACAAUGACCCUAAGCACACAGCUAAAAUAACGAAGGAGUGGCUUCAGAACAACUCCCUGACUGUUCUUAAAUGGCCCAGCCAGAGCCCUGACUUAAACCCAAUUGAACAUCUCUGGAGAGACCUGAAAAUGGCUGUCCACCAACGUUCACCAUCCAACCUGGCAGAACUGGAAAGGAUCUGCGAGGAGGAAUGGCAGAGGAUCCCCAAAUCCAGGUGUGAAAAACUUGUUGCAUCAUUCCCAGAAAGACUCAUGGCUGUAUUGGCACAAAAGGGUGCAUCGACUAAAUACUGAGCAAAGGGUCGGAAUACUUAUGGCUGUUUUUUCCCCCUGUCAAUAUGGGGUGCUGUGUGUACAUUGAGGGGAAAAAUGAACUUAAAUGAGUUUAGCAAAUGGCUGCAAUAUAACAAAGAGUGAAUUUAAGGGGGUCUGAAUACUUUCCGUACCCACUGUAUGCAGACAAAUUCUAUGUGAGCAGCACCUGCCAUUUUUUUAAUUGGGUUAAUCGCGCUUACAUUAGUCGAGUAGCACCUGAAAUUAAGGUUAAGUUCUUCAAUGGGCAAAAAGCUGGAUGCAGGCCUUAGCUUUUUUGUUAGGAGCUCAUGAGUUUAGCAUGCUAGUAUGGUAAACAAACAUGCUUUGUGGAUUUAAAUUGAUGACUUGUUCAGUUAAGGCCACAUUUGAAUGCCCCCACACAUGCCACGUGAAGAACAAAACGAGGCAAUGUGUCGGAAAUACAGCGGCUGAAACAAGUAUUUAACACGUCACCAUUUUUCUCUUUAAAUAUAUUUCCCAAGGUGCUAUUGACAUGAAAAUUUCACCAGAUGUUGGGAACAACCCAAGUAAUCCAUACAUACAAAAAAGUAGAACAUAUAAACACAGAAAUUAAGUGGUGUGUAAUAAUGUAAAAUUACACUUGGAAAAAGUAUUGAACACCCCAACUGAUAUUUAUUUAAUACUUUGCAUAACAGCCUUUGUUUUGCAAUGACAGCUUCAAGACGCCUCCUGUAUGGAGAAACUAGUCCCAUGCAUUGCUCUGUGAUUUUGGCCCAUUCCUCCACACAAGCAGUCUUCAAAUCUAGAAGGUUCCUUGGGCUUCUUUUAUGGACCUUGAGUUUCAGUUCUUUCUAUAGAUUUUCAGUGGGAUUCAACUCAGGUGAUUGGCUGGGCCAUUCUUGCAGCUUUAUUUUUUUUUUGUCUUUGAAACCAAUUGAGAGUUUCCUUGGCAGUAUGUUUUGGACCAUUAUCCUGCUGAAAUGUCCACCCUCGUUUCAUUUUCAUCAUGCUGAUAAAUGGCAGCAGAUUUUUGUCAUUAAUGUCUCUGUACAUUUGCCCAUUCAUCCUUCCUUCAAUAAUGUGAAGUUUACCAGUACCAUUUGCUGAAAAGCAACCCCACACCAUCAUAUUCCCACUUCUGAACUUCCCUGUUGGUAUGGUGUUUUUAGGGUGAUGCGCAGUGCCAUUUCUUCUCCAAAUGUGGUGUGCAUUAUGGCAUCCAAACAGUUAAAUUGUGCUCUCAUCAGACCAGACUAUAUUCUCCCAGUAUUUAACUGGCCUGUCCAAAUGUCGUUCAGCAAACUUUAAACGAGCUUUGACAUACUUUUCUUUUCAGCAAUGUGGUGAGCGUACAUACAGGCUAUGGCGGCGGAGUGGAUUACUCACUGUUAUCCUUGUGACAACAGUACCUGCUAAUUCCAGUUUUUUUAAGCUCUCCACAGGUGGGCAUUGGCUCUUCGACAACUCUUCUGAUUAUUCUUUGCACUCCUCUGUCAGAAAUCUUGCAAGGAGCAUCUGAUCAAACAAAUUUAUAGUGAUAUAAAUGAAUUUCCACUUGCGUAUUAUGGCUCCAACCGUGCUCACUGGAACGUUCAGAAGCUUAGAUAUGUGCCUGUAACCAAUGCCAUGGUUAUGUUUUGCAACAAUUAGUUUGUAAUGGUCUUGAGACAGCUCUCUACUCUUACCCAUCAUGAGAUGUGUCUUUACUCACAGCUUGGCAAUGAGACCUUUUUGUAGGCCAUCAGUUAGGACUGAACCAGCUGAUAUUCAUUUGCAUUGACAAGGGUUGGGAUUAUUGUUAGAUUUUAGGUGUUGUCUUGGCUUUCCAUGGCUUUUUGCACCUCCCUUUCUUCAUGUGUUCAAUACUUUUUCCCUGUGUUAUUUCACAUUUUUACACACAACCUAAUUUCUGAGUUUAUUUGUGCUACUUUCUUUGAACGUAGGGAUUACCUGGGUUGUUCCCAACAUCUUUUCAGGUCAAUAGCACCUUUAGAAGUACAUUUAGUGAGAAAAAUUAUGUUUUAAAUACUUAUUUCAGCCACUGUAGGGUUGGCCGAACAAAAUAGCUUAAGUAUGCUAAUAUUGUAUCCUUAUUAAAAUUUUACAGUGAUACAAAUAACACUUGGUUAACCUCGGUUAAUGUUAAAACAAAAAGAACAACACUUCCUUAAUUUUAACAUUGUUUUUGGUAUGUAUUAUUUUCUUGAGACUCCUUACUGCGGCUGAUCCUUCUUUUGGAUUAAGUGUUGCAAAAAUUCCUGAUUAAAAACAAAAAACACUGUAGGCCCUAUUUUGUGACUGCCGUAAAUCCGUGGCAGAGGGCGCUGUAGCUUUGCACCAGGGGCGGGUUAGAUCGCUGUUGUUAAUUUCGUAGACCAGCCACUGUUGGCGUGUUUAAGACCGACUUCAUUCACCACCAAUCAAAGCGGUCAUUCCCUUUAAUGUCUCGAUGGAGACAGACAACGUGAGCGGGGUACCCUUCUUAAAUACAGAAUGAGCUGGUGGUACCCGCUGGCGACUUAAAAAUAUCUGCAAACCUCAGUAUGUCUGCCUGUGCCCCGAUCAAAGCUUAGCGUAGACUGGUCUGCCAAAUUCGCAAACACACGCAGAGAGCCUUACGCUUGCAUGAAAAUCAGAAUCCACCAGGAUUUGCGCCCCGCUGCAUUUGCGCCAUCUACGGAAAUAGAGCCCUCUGAUUAGAUCCUUGUUGAACAGAGGUCUUGUUGAGGUAUGUUGAUAUCUCAACCCUAACCCGUGUGCAAGCAGUUUGAAGUCUAAAUUUUGUCAAUAACAUAUUUUACACAAACAUGUUGGUCUGUUUUGAUGUGUUUUCUACUUGUGCACCUCCUAAUUUAAUGCCCUAAUCCCAAACUCACUCAAAGUGAGCAACAAAAACGAAAUCUAGAAAGAUUUCUGCAUUCCCUCAUCCUACUGUGAGCUUUUCCUUGACUCACUGUAUUUCUCUAUAUUUGUCGAAUCGGCAUUCCAAAAUUCACUGCUUAUCAGUCCAUUUAUUUGCCAUCUGUCUGUCUUUAAAUAUGAUCGAAUAAUGAAUUAAAUUGUAUCGAAAAAAGCAACGGCAAGUGAACAGUAAUGUUCAUCAAAACUAUUCUUGAAAGAAUAAAGAUGUAGCAGGUUUUCUACUUAUCAAAUGAAUUGAGACCCUUUCGAAACUUAAAAACAAAUCCAUCUCACAGAACUACUUCCAGGUGCGGAAGUUAGUUCAUUUGUAUGCUGCAGACCGUUUUUCUACUACUGUAUCACACUUUUCAAACGGGAUGUGAUUCCCUUCUGCAAUUACAAUUUAAUUCCCAUUUGCCAUCCUUCUUUCACUUAGUCCAUGACAUACUUUGCCAACACAGGGACAGGAUCAUUUUAGCUAAGAUGGUGGUGAGGCCCACAAAAGAAUUACAGAGAAGUGUAAGCUUCGAAAUAAAGGAAGCUGAGAAAAGUGGUAUCUUACAGCAGGCAAGAUCCAGUCUUCCCUUGGAAACUGCCUAUUUUUAAACAUUUCUUAUGAUUGUUCUUCUAAGGACCAUAUGGAUAAAUGCAGACUUAUCAUCAAAAGGAAAAUGCACCAUACUAGAAACGAGUAAAACCAGCAAUAGCAUACUCUCAAGGUUGUAAUUAGUGUACUUGAAUAUAUCACCAUUUACUAUUGACUAUCUCUCUAUUCAUAGGUCGUUUUUAAAGAGCAUAAACAGGAAAUAAGUAGCAUUAACAUUUUUUUUCCCGAAAGGUAAUAAGAUUCUGAGGUCUUCCCAGCACCUCUUUAUACUUGUACACCGUAUCCAGAAAAAAAAUCUUUGAAUUAAUAUAUUUUUAGAUUUUCUAUCCUGUUCUUGUCCUAAGGCAUGUAUUCUCCUCUCACCUCAGAAGUAUGUUUAUGUAUAUAUGUGAAAUAGAGAAGCUAAUAUACACACAACCUAAAAUGUACCACUGUAUAGAAAUUGUAUUAGCCUGCACAUUUCUAAGGCUGUGAAGUUAAUUUUAUUUUUAAACCUUGCAUACAAAUGUAUAUAUUUUCUUUAUUUUUACCCUGCAACUAUUAAAUCUAGAGGACAAAUAAUGCUGUCCAGUGGAAUACACAGUAAUGUCAGCUGUAUGUUGUGUGUACAGCAGACUUGUAGACAAGUAUAAGAAGCCUUGUUUCGUUAUUGAUGUUCACCCUGUCUGUCAUUGCAGCAAUACUGCGUGAAUUUGUAUAUAAAGGAUUCACCGUGUUGGUCUCUA